UCUGUACGGGCUGCCACUUUUCGGGAAAGUUUCAUCAGUGUCCGAUAGCACAUCUCUGUCACAGCCCAGUGUGUGUAGAGAUAUCUUCGCGGACAGUCAAUUACGCAGAAAUCGCAGAACAGCCCAUCCAAGAUGAAAUUCGCCGUUGUAUCCUUCCUGUUGGUGGUCCUGCUUGGACUGGUGGCCGUCGGUGAGGCUCAGCUGAGGAAUCUGGCCUGCGUUACGAACGAGGGACCGAAAUGGGCCAACACGUACUGUGCCGCUGUGUGCCACAUGUCUGGACGUGGCGCUGGAUCUUGUAACGCUAAGGACGAGUGUGUUUGUUCGAUGGCUUAAGAUCGUGGUGGAGGAACUGGUAGUGAGCUAGUUGGAUGCAGUUUGGAGAUGGAAAGGCAUAGUGAAUACAAGGAAUAAAGUUAUUAUCUACACUUA